AUGAGCACCGCAGCAGUACUUCAACCCAGUGCCGUCGACCUCACUGUCGUCAAGCCUACCGUCGUUGAGGUCGGACAAGAGAAACAAGAAAUUGGAAUCGCCGCACAUCGUGAAAGCCUCACCGACAACGACAAAGAAGUUAUUGUCGAGUCGAAAGUCGAAAGACAAGUCAAAGCGGGUGUCUUCGGAUCCUACCCCACCGCUGCAACAGGCAUAACCUUCAAUAUCACGAACAAAACAUACCACACAUUUUCCUGGGGCUCUAAAAGCUUUAAUCAAUCUGAAUGGCGCUACACUGCCCCAGACUACAUUAACUCCCAGGGUUCCGCAUCCUGGACUAUAUGGCCCAGCGGCGACAGCUACACCUACAGUGGGUGGAUCACCUACGUUCUCGACGGAACGGACGGAGAUUUGAAAUGGAGUUGGGAUAAUAGUUAUAGCGACGGCGUGGAUGCUGAGGGGUACGGUGAGGGGACUUUGGGGAUGAGGGUUGACCUCUGGGAGACUGGGUGGACGUAUUACAACAGCACUGGGAAUUUUACGAUUAACUAUGAGAUUAGAUAUUAUUAG